UUUUUUUUCUUUCUGUCUCUUCGGGGGUUCACUUUGCCAAAGCUUUAGAGACCAAAAUACCUUCACAAAUUGCCGCAAUACCCGUACUCGAGCCGCGUGUGGCCUUGCAUUUGCCUGCCUUUUUCUUGUAUGCGCGACCAAGCGGAUAACAUCUCCACUGACAACUGAGUAGCCUGCCUCCCGUGGCUAGGAUCCUUGGCUCAACGUCUCGACUCCAGGUCGCAAACCCCUCACCUCAAAUCAACCAGGACAACAGACGACUCCUAGACUAGAAGAACCCCCAGAGCACCCUUAAGAGGGCAGAUAUUCACGGCUCUGCGAGCAGCGACAUUUUUGGACACCUUUAGCUCGCUCUCUGGUUUCGGCGCCACAAUAAAACGGUCCUACAUUUCCCUAUUAUCGCGACGGCGACAGCUCGAAGCAAUACCAACAAACGCGAUCGCCCUCCUAGACCACAACAUUAAAAAAAAACCCCAUACACCAAUACCGAUCCAACAUCUUAACUUAUUUUUAAAUACUUAAUUUCCACCCUACUCCUCUGCUUCGGUUUUUAUUUUCUUUAUCUCGAGAUGGGGAAAUCACAGUCAAAGCUCUCGCAAGAGCAACUAGCCGAACUACAAAAGUCGACGCAUUUCGACAAGAAGGAGCUGCAGCAAUGGUACAAGGGCUUCCUCAAGGACUGCCCCUCAGGAACGCUCACAAAGGAGGAGUUUCAAAAGAUCUACCGACAAUUUUUCCCCUUCGGUGACCCGUCCUCAUUCGCAGACUAUGUCUUCAACGUCUUUGACAGCGACAAGUCGGGUACCAUCGACUUCAAGGAGUUCAUCGUAGCUCUGAGCGUAACCAGUCGCGGCAAGAUGGAGGACAAGCUUGACUGGGCUUUCCAGCUCUACGACAUUGACGGGGAUGGCAAGAUCAGCUACGACGAGAUGCUCCAGAUCGUCGAGGCGAUUUACAAGAUGGUCGGCUCGAUGGUCAAGCUGCCCGAGGAUGAAGACACACCCGAGAAGCGCGUACGGAAGAUCUUUCGCAUGAUGGACAAGGACGAGAACGGUAGUCUGGACAUGCAGGAAUUCAAAGAGGGUAGCAAGAGGGACGAGACCAUCGUGUCCGCCUUAUCUUUGUACGAUGGCUUGGUUUAGGUUGAUGCGAGCGAGUCCAGUCGCUCUCGGCAUUUCAGUCUACCCAAGACACAGAAUCAGCGAGUCCUGCUUCAUACCCAAAGUCAGCAUGGCUUCUUUGAUGGCCGAUCUAACCUAUGGGAUUUGCCAUUACUCGGGACCGGUUCCUGCGUCACGAACCUUCAAUCCCGGAUGUACUUGAUCGGCGCUGAUCCAUGAGAGCCACUCCCCCUUUUUUUUCCUUUUUUUUUUUUUUUUUUUUUUUUUUUUUAAAAAAA